AUGUUGGAACCCUACGGAGAGAACGGAUUGGAUUCUCUCACUCUUCAGCAGGUGUGGGCGGGCACCUCCAAAGGAAACAAGAGCUGUGUCUACCACUCUCACUUGGCAGCCGAUCAAUCUUCCGACGCCUGGCAUGUAGGCGCGGGCAUCAGCAUGACCGCGGCCGCGCUCCUGGCCGCCAUCGAUAAUUUCAAGAGCCCGAACAUGAAAAAUCUUAUCGUCCCGAAGUUGUAUGAUAAGGUGCUGCUGGAGAUUACAACCCUGGAACCGACUUUGUUGGCGCUGAACUUCGGCAAGGGCUCAGCCACUGCAACGGAUACAGGUUCGUUUCGUGCAGCAAAAAAGGCCAAGCUGACCUCGUCGGUCAACACCGCGGAUGCAAUCGCUUCAACGGUGGACCCGGCAGAGGCAGCAGUCAAGUUUCGCAAAUGGUUGCUGCAGGAGAAGAGCGCAUUUCGAGGCUUUCUCUUCGUGCUGUCUGGCAAGAACAGCUACUACACCGGUCAGGUCGCCGAGCUGGUGGCGCGCUCAGCCGUCACUUGCAAGCCGAUGUCGGAAGAAGACUUUGUGAAUGCAGUCAAAGCCCGAAUGCAAAAGCCAGAGGAAGGGCUUGGCAGCAAAGUUGCUGGCUCAAGUGCAUCUGCUCUUUACCCAAGUCGUGUGCUAGUUGCUCUCCUGCCAGUCCUUCUCAUUCGCUCGCCGACCAUGACCUUUGCGAACACAGGCAACUCGUGCUUCGUCAAUGCCGGACUUCAGGCGAUCCUGGCGUUGCCAGGCUUCGACAGCUUGAGGUCGACUACGGCGACGGAACAAGCCUUGCUGGAGGUUCGUUCUAUGGUGUCAGCAUCGCUUUCGGCGACCGUGCCCCAGCCAAUUUUGGAUUUGUAUUAUCGAGGACACCAGGAAGAUGCUGCGGAGUUCAUCGCUAACCUUCUCUUGGAUUGCCCUACGAUUCAUAGCCAACUGCAAGGAACAGAAGGCGGUUGUCUCGCAUGCACCACAUGCGAAUAUCGCCGUCCACUCCCAGCGGAGCCUUUCUUGACUCUGCAGAUUGCCUUGGUUCACAAUGCUGAGCGACUUCGGUCGGUUCAGUCUGCUGUGGACACCUACUUGAAUCAACAAGUGUUGCAAGAAGAUAUUCUGCACUGGGAAUGCACAAGUUCCAGUUGCACCAGAGCAGGCACUUCUCGCAGGCCGCCACUACGCCUCACCGCGGUUCAUGCAUGGCCAGACAACCUCAUCAUCGUGCUCAAGCGCUGGGAUGGCGUGCAUGGUCUUCUCAAUCACGAAGUUCUUGCUGACGAAAGGCUUCGAGUUGCAGAAAAUGUUUGCUAUCGCCUUAGGGCAGUGGUGUCUCACAUCGGCGAAACGGCGGCUACUGGCCACUAUGUGGCCUAUCGGCCUCAUGGAGAUCGUUUUCAGCGGUUGGACGACGCUACAAUCUCGGAGGUCGCUACGAACCCUGGACAAGGGACAGCUUCCACAGGGGAGAAAGUUUACAUCGUUUGCUACACUCGUGCUGAGCAUGAUGGUGACGUUGGGCGAGCUCUUCCUGUUAAACGACCUAUCCUCGAUUUGACCUCAUCCCAGGAUUCGGACAGUGAUGUGAUCGUCGCAGCAGAGCAGCCUGCAAAGUCAUCUAAAAAUGAGAACGCUCCUCAGCAGCCACACGUAAAGAAAGCCAAGUGUACACCAAGCUUCGAGCACGAGGAACUCAAAAGAACACCGUUGGGCAACUUCAGCAACUACCUGCAGAAGGAUCGCGAAAUCAUUGUGCAUGCUUUGAAGAACAGUGAGUCCUUUGCCGAGGCUCUAGGCGAGAUCCGAGCUAAUGUCGAAAAUUUCACGCUGACCUCCAACUCCAAGUACCGUCUUCAUCGCAACACAUUGCUCAACUGGUUUCGGCGACCGGAACUUGCUGAGAGAGCUCAACGACUGGUGCAGACCUCUGCUCCUCAACACAGCUUCUCUCGGAAACCAUCCUGGAAAAGUGCUCUGGGCAAUUUGCCGGCCUCGCCCCGACAGCAAGUUUUUCAAGCCUUGUCUUCAGGAAGUGGUACGAACGUGCUCCGUGUGCUCCAAGACGGCGACCAGGCAUUGGCCGGUGCCGUGCCCGCUCCAACUUUGCGGCGAUGGCUGCGCAGCUCGGGGCCUUCCGUUCAACAAGACGAGCUUCCUGUCUUGCACCAGACUUGGAGCGAGGAAUAUCAACGCAACUUCGGGGUCUUGACACAAGUCCAGGCCAUGAGAAGCAGCCAAGUUGGCGAUAACAUCAGUGCCAGCGGCUUGUGGCUGAUGGAAGGUUCGUGGACUUUUUGUCCCAGCUGCGGUCGCAAGCGAGCCCGCACGAAGACGCAGCGAUGGUCCAUCUCAGACUUGCGUCAUGCUCAAGCUUGCUCGCCUUGCUGCGACCCGCCUGCAGUUGACUUGCUCGCGCCGGCCCCUGCCAACAUCCUCCCGACGAAGUUGACGGUGUACACAACUCCACAAAAAAGCACAUGGCAUUCUUGGUCCGCUGCCAUUGCUUCAGGAGACUUGCCAUUGACGGUGGUGCUGUCCGAGACUGACCUGAACAAUUUGGCUGUGCUCACAAUUCACGUUGACUUCCGCAGCCGCAGAGGAGGGAAAGCCGAGGUUACCAGUAAACAGAAACGGUCUCUCACUCGCUGUCGUUGGAAAGGCCAACCUCUUCGAAGUGUUCCUCGCAGUGAUGUCGCUGCUCGUGCAUUCGCUUGGCUGCUGCAAAGCAACAACACCUACCGCCAGUGGGUUGAUCGACAUGAAGGUCUUUUUCAAGAACUCGGCGGAGAUGUUUUAGCCAAGACGGAGAUCCAGACAGCAGAAUUGUUGCUGAGCUCGCCGGCCGUCGAGGUGGCGGCCCGGCCUUGGCUAUACCCCCUAGCGAGUCUCGCUGACACGGAUUAUCAGGAGCGCUUGGUUAGCUUGGGGUGGACGACUGCCAGGAACAAGCCCAGCAUCAGAACGGGCUUUUUACGAAAAUUGGAGAGUCGCUGCGUCGACUAUGCCAGGGAUUUUCCACUGCAAUGUCUCCUUUACGACAUCUGCAUGGCCAAGACCAUCUCUUCCGUGCAGGCCAUUGCUGAAAAGCAGAAGGUAGCACCGGAGCAGAUCGCGUCCGACAUGGACGGUUUCGAUGUUUACUGGCAGCAGCAGUUACGGAAGAUGGAAGACAUCUGCCGCCAAGAAUUCGAGAAGAGCACCUCAAUGGAAACCGCCUUGCCGUCAAUCUUCUUCACUGUGGCGCCGGCGGAGUGGCUCUUCCCUUUGCACAACGGCAUGUUUCACGAAGGGUCCUUGACUGAGCAGCAACAGAACAUGACCCUGCACCUCUACCACACUCUCCAGGUCAUGCUCGAGCAUCAUUUCCUGAAGGAUGGUGCAAGCUUGGAACGAGUUGGCAUUUUGAGAAUACGGCAGUGGUCCUUCCGGUUUGAGUUUCAAUCCCGAGGAACUCUUCAUCUACACGCUGUGCUCUGGGCGGACUUGCUACCUGGCUGGCAAGCAUCCGAUUUGUGCGGCCGCAGCGGAACAACGCAAAGCUCCGCCUUCUUGCAGUUGUUGGAAGAACUCUUCCACAGCAGAGCGGAUGUCCAGUGCGGGGACGGCACACACAACCUGCUACAGUAUGUUGCAGGUUACGUGGCCAAAGCCUCUGACGCAUUAUCUUUUUGCCAUCAACAGGCCAAGCGGGAUGGCACGACCGAGGAAACAAGCAAGUGGAGGCAAACCUAUCGGCUGCUUUGCAAACGCUCUCCCAUGGAACAAGAAAUUACAAUGGAGUUCGCUGGGUUGCCGAUGGUGCGACAUUCCUUUUCCGGCCAUGCCAUCUUUGCGCCAAUCCCCGGCAGCAAGGCAAAGAACACCUCGCGAGAUCACUACUCUUUGUAUCAAUUCUUCCUGCACCAGCCUCCUGCAGAGCUUGGCUGUGCCACAGGCAUGUGCUUCAUGCAGUGGCUUCGGCAGUACAGAGUGGUAGACGUUGACAAGAAAGUGGUGGCUCGACGAAAUGUCGCCGGUCCUAUGAAGAAUCAGCAAUGUGGCGUCGCCAUGACCUUCCCAUUUGAGUUGCUGGACAUCUUCGUCUGUGCCUGGGCGGCCACGUUCCUCCCAGACAUGCUGGAGUAUCGAUUGAAUCCGGAAGUCGAGGACGACAACGAGCGGUACUCCACAUCAUUCGCUGCUGAAAAAGCUCGCAGAGCUUCCUUCAUGGCUCCGGAUGGUUGUAAGCACUUGAAAGCUGUCUUGUGCCUCGACGAAUUCCAGCUCUACCGCAAGGAUCCCAUGGUCUUCCAUCCCAAUGUCGGCGACCUUCUCGUCAGGAUGGAAACGGACUUGAGACUACGAGGCUUAUCUGCAGACAGAAUCGCUACCUUCAACGCUCGCAUUCGUGCUUCCGCCCUCCUUCUUUGUGCAAUUCGAGAUGGUCGCGAGGAUGCCAACUUGUGGACGGCACGCUCAGUCUCAGCACCACCCCAAAGAGUGUGGUCCAAGGAGCAGCAAGCUGUCCUCGACCACAUCCAGCGGGGAACCACCAUCAGCGAUGCCGCCGACAUGGAGAAGGCGCCGCGUGUGCUGCAGGUUGCCGGCGGGCCCGGCACCGGCAAGACCGAAGUGGUCAUUGCUGCGGUCCGGCGAGCGUUGGAUGACGGGUGUCGAGUGCUGAUCGCUGGUCCCAUUGGGUUGUUAGUGUCAAUGUACAGACUCAAACUCCCGAACAUGCAGAACCUGACCAUGGAAACAGUGCACUCCGCCUUCCGCAUCACCAGAGACGCGGAUGCCGCCUACAUACCUCCGGGCCGCCUUCGCCACUUUGACCUUAUUGUCAUUGACGAAGUGAGCCAGAUUGAGGCAGCGGUUUGGCGGAAGUUGCAGACGGCCUUGGGCGAGCUCGUCCCUUGCCCAUUUCUCGUGUUUGUUGGAGAUUUCCAGCAACUGCAACCGCUUCGAGGCAACCCCGAGCUCCAAGCGGCCCUCGAACAGCAGCGUGCACACAACAAAAUUCUGUACGUCAAGCUGGAACACCACGAAGCUGCUCGCUCUGUGGAUCCGGCCAUGCUGGAUUUCUUGGAAGCAGCAAGAGUGCAACAACCUGCCCGAGAUGCUUUGCUACAAUUCUUUCGUGGCAGAACAAUUCCCGCGGAUGUUAACACCGCGGCUCGCCAUGCUGCUGGGGUGGAAACUCGCACAGGAGGUUGCUUCACCUUCCUCACCGUCACCAACCAAGGAGCCGCGGCCCUCAACCUAGGUCGAUUGGCGAUCCAGUUUCCGGACGCAGCAGCAAUCCUGCGAGAUGGUGGCGGCAUUCCGGCAGAGAUUGGCCGAGUUGUCGUAGACACAGGCAUGCGGAUGCGCUUAACCCAGAACAUUGACAAAGACAGGGGCUUUGUGAAUGGGAAUACCGGCACCGUUCGAGCCAUGCUGAGGUCCGAUGUCUUUCUUCUGCAGUCCGACCAAGGACUACCGAUUCUGGUGCACCCUGUGACACAGCAAGGACGUAAGUUCCUGCCAGUCUCGUAUGGUUGGGCGACAACCAUAAGACGCGCCCAGGGAGCAACUUUGGACAAGGUUGGGUUGUGGUUUGAUCGACGGCUUCCUGACCGAGGCUACGGCUACGUUGGUUUAUCCCGAGCCAAACGUCGACAAGACGUUUUUCUCCUCGGCCGUGUUCGCCGCACCGAUUGGCGAGCAGUUAACGGCGAGAACGAUAACUCGGAGCAGAACCAGGUGUCUGUGUUCAGCGAGAGCACCCACAGCAGCGAAGAGAUGGACAUCAUCGAAUCGAGCACUGAAACACAGUCACCACGUGGCAGCUCACCAACCGGAUCGACUUCAGAAGAGCCGAGCUUCGAGCCAUCGACCAACGAGGACUCCUCCGUCGACCCAUAUCGUUUGAUGGGCAGCCAAAGUGAUUGGGAUUUGUCUACCAGCAGCUAG